AUGGAUGAGAGGAGGAGAGUUGAGAGGGAAAGAGUAAGUUCUGGUGACUCUGAAGUUAUCAUAUUCACUAAAGUAGAUUUUGAAAGGUUCAGAAGGAUGUUUGAACAGAUGGAGGUACUUAUAGAGGAAACAACAAAAAUGAAGUAUACAUUUUAUUUUGAACAGACCUAUCUCCUUCUCCCCCUCCUCAAUAAAUUUUAUUUUAACCAGUAUUAUGUUUUGAUUUUAGUUAUAAGGUUAAUGAAUUUUAUUGAUUUAAGUUAUUAUUUGUUAUUUGAUAAUUUUUUUGAUUGUGCAGAUAAAUAUAUAUUCAUUGUGAUUUUUCAAUCAAGGGAGAUUUAA